AUGUCUCUCAGUCCCAAGCACACUACACCGUUUUCCGUGACCGACAUCCUCAGUCCCAUCGAAGAAACUUACAAGAAGACUACGAUAGAGGCAGCCAUCCCACCCUUGGCCACGGCCUACCGUAACCCCCAGCAUCACCCCCAGAUGGGCAGUAUGAGCAGCAUGAGUGUCCCCGUUACCAACCCUUAUCACAACUACGUCCCACAGUUAUCUCAUCAUACUCCAAGUUUCCCGUCUCAGUAUUGCAAUGGAUCAGAACUUUCUCAUUACGGCGACCCAGUGCGUCACUCUACCACUAGUUGGUAUGGAGCGAACACCGAUCCCCGAUUUGCCAGCUAUGCUGCGGUUUCCCGUUUGAUGGGUCCCAGCUCGUGCGCCAUGAACCCUAUGGGGACCAGCAUGAACCACGUGAGCAUGUCUCUCAGUGGCAUGGACCAAGCAAAGAUGCACGGGAUGCAGUUCCCCCUCACCCAAAGGAGGAAACGACGGGUGUUGUUUUCACAAGCUCAGGUGUACGAACUAGAACGGAGAUUCAAGCAGCAAAAAUACCUCUCGGCACCGGAGAGAGAACACCUGGCUAGCAUGAUUAACCUCACUCCGACACAGGUGAAAAUCUGGUUUCAGAACCACAGGUAUAAGUGUAAGCGCCAGCAGAAGGACAAGGAAAAGAUGGACACAAGUCACUCUUCUAGCGGCUCCAGUACCCAAAGCAGCCAGCAGUCGCAGCAGCAAAGUCAACAACAACAACAAAGUCAGAGUCAGCAAAAUGGAUCGCUACAACCCUCACCAAGACGGGUGGCCGUACCGGUGCUGGUGAAGGACGGGAAACCGUGUACGGGAUCCGGGGGGUCUGAGGGUCAGAGUGGAUCCGCACCACCGGCCCACCAUCAAUCUAACAGCCAGGUACAACAGCAGAACUCUGCCAGCCUUCAUCAGCAAACGCAUGUGUCUCAGGGAUCUAGCCAGUCCCAUCACGGGUCCUCUUCACGAUCUCUUCAUCAAGUGAACAGUUUAAAUUCUAGCGGAGUUCUCGGAACUCACGUGACAAAUUCGGCCACUCAAAAUUCUCUGAAUAACCACGGACUGACCGCGGCCAGUCUGGGCUACACGGCCGUCAGUGUCAAUGGCUCCGGCAUGGCAUCUUCACCAUACUUACUCAACGGAAGAACAUGGUAACACAGUUUUAAUCGUAAAAAAAUGUUUAUUUUUUUUCCUUGAAAUUUCUUGAAUACUUACGCAAUUUGUUUUAUUUUCCUUUUUUUUCCUUUUCGUCUCUUGCUCUCUCUUUCACUGUAGUUGUUGUCCGCCUUGCCAAUUGUCGCGUGUAGUCAUUUUGUUCAGCAUAGGGAUUGAUUUACACCUCAAACCGCCUGUAUAUUCUCAUCGUAUAGCACCUGACCAAAAGCCACCAUAAAAUGUUGGGAAUAUAUAUGAAUGCUAUAAAACCAUGCUAUAAAAUAGCAAACUCCUGGUCCAGCCUGCACGUACAAAUUUGUUUAGCUGUAAUAAAAUGUGAGAAACCUCAGAUAAAGUUUCGCAUUUACGUCGAAAAUUUACAACUGGUUGUCAGACAGCAGACGAAAGUGGGGGGAUAUGCUAUGAUUUAUUCCGUUCGAAAAAUUUAAACAAAUGUUUUUAUCUGUCAGCUUUUUGCCGUUUUGUCAAGGACUAAAAAGCUGAACUGAUGGCGGGUGUCUGUUCGAUGAACUUAAUGUGCUUUAGGUGGGUGGUAUCAUAGUCAAACAAAUUUAAAAGUAAAAGUGUUUUUGACUAUACAAUAUUUCAAAAUACAUGUAUCUCCGUAUAUUGCGUCUGUGACAGAGCAGACAUCGAUCAAAUGGUACAGUUUUUGACCAGCCUCGGCUGAUAACAGUGUAUGUUAUAUGUGUGUGAUAUACACGUCACAGUUUGAGUCACACACACACGUUAUCAAAAUGACUGCGUGCAAUCUUAUCAAUGACAUAUCAAUGUUAUCACAACCUGAUAUAUGCAUAUCAGACACCAUUGCGUAUAUGUAUUAUAUUUUGUUCUAUUUAUUUUCCACGGGUCGAUGCAGCUCUGUAUAUGUGCAUGGUGAUCCUAUCCAAAGAGAAUAGGUUUUAUACACUUCUUACCUCAUGACCAUUCUUUCUGGGAAAAAGCAGAAACUUACUGUCCAAGAAGAAUCUUGGAACGGACAUCGAAAGGGCAACAUUGUGCUGUUAUUAUCAAAAACACCGUGUUGAGCAUUUCCCUGUGGUUUAAGGAUGAGAGAAUAUAGGAGGUAUAUAGGGAAAGCGACAUUCCCCGUUGUGCGCUCCAAAUGACUGCCCUUCAUGCGACAGCGCUAGAGUAAAGCAGCAUGUUGUUAAUGACUUAAUCAGUGUUCAUGUAUGUUGAAUGUGGUGUUCAAAGUAUAGUGUUCGAAGGAUCAGUGCAAGACUGCCUGCAGAUACUGACUGUGUAGGGAGAAAAUGGAUAUUUCACACUGUGGUUGACGACGUUUUGAAACGGGCUCGUGAAUUAUAAACGAUUUUUGUUUCAUAUACCUGGAGACUCAGUGGCGAAUUGUAAUAAUGUCAUUGUAAAUCUGAAUUUUUGUCAUAUUUUACAUUAAAUGUAAAUCAGGUCACUUUUUUUUUCAAUUUUGUCUUGUGAAUAUAUCGACGCCCUACGAAUAAAAUGC